GUGGAGAUAAGUGGUUCAGCCCAGGCGCGGUCAUGUGACAGCCCGAUCAGGGAACUGGCAGCUUCUUGUAGUGAUUGUCCUGGAGAUGCGGUGGACGAUGCCAGGUACCGUGCUGUGCUCCUGCCUGCUGCUGGCCGUGUGCGCGCUCAGCCUGGCCCAGGACGUGCCGCCGUACACAGAAGAUUGCCGAAGUGGAACCUAUCCCCCCUCAGGACCAACGUACCAGGGAAAUGCACCAUGGUACACAGUAAAUCUGGACCAACCACCAAGUGAAAGAUGGAAGAAGAUAAUCACAGAAAAGAAGCAGCCACUAACUGCGAUGAUUCAACAAAUUAAGGACUUGGUGAAAUUUGUCUUUCAUAGUGAAAAACUUAUUGAUUUAGUAGAUACUAAACUGCCAGCUCUCGUUGGAAAUCUUCCACCGCCUUUUGAUGGAGAAAUUAAAGGAAUUGCAGAUGCUUCUGGACUACCAUUAGGAGAAGUUAUGUUAUUCAACAUCUUCUAUGAAGUUUUCACUGUGUGCACAUCAGUCGUGGCAGAGGAUCCGUCUGGAAAGUUAUUUCAUGCCAGAAACCUGGAUUUUGGAUUAUUCCUUGGGUGGGAUGUGAAGAAUAAUUCAUGGAUGGUCACUGAGCUGCUUAGACCUUUAGUUGUCAAUGUGAAUUUUCAACGAAAUAAUAAAACAGUUUUCUUAUCUACGAGCUUUGCUGGAUAUGUUGGAAUGUUAACCGGAAUGAAACCAGGGAUACUGACCCUCACCAUGAAUGAGCGCUUUAGUCUGGAUGGCGGCUAUAUUGGUGUCAUUGAAUGGAUCCUUGGCAUAAGACAAGGGUCUUGGAUGAGCUUUCUCACUAGAAGUGUGCUGGAGAAUGCAACAAGUUAUGAGGAAGCGAAAACCCUUCUGUCUAAAACAGUAUUGCUUGCUCCUGCUUAUUUCAUACUGGGUGGCAGCAAAUCCGGGGAAGCCUGUGUGAUCACACGCUCCAGACAAUCCUGCCUUGAUAUUUGGGAGCUUGAUAUUCAGAAAGGUCAGUGGUAUGUCCUUGAAACAAACUAUGACCAUUGGAAGCCCCCACUACCUAUUGAUAAUAGAAGAGCAUUAGCCUUGAAGUGCAUGAAUAGGACUACCCAAAAGAAUAUUUCAUUUGCUACAAUCUAUGAUAUGCUCUCAACAAAGCCUGUCCUUAACAAGCUUACUACAUAUACAACAAUGAUGUCUGUAUCUGAGAGCAAGUUUGAAACCUACAUCCGGGACUGCCCACGCCCUUGCAUACCUUGGAAACUACAUAUACAACAAUGAUGUCUGUAUCUGAAAGCAAAUUUGAAACUUACCUCCGGGACUGCCCACAGCCCUGUAUGCCUUGGUGAGGAGGAUCUGUAAACUAGCAGUCCAAGCCCUUGUACUAUAUACAAGGGUAAAGAAGAAAUACACUGUUCCCUCCUAAGCAGGCCAAAGUCACCCGAUGUACACUGCGGCUUUUGAAAUUCUGUUCUCAGCAAGAUUUAGCACUUGUCAUGGUUAUUUAAGCUAUAUCUGUAUUAAGGUGUUCCAGCUGUAAAACUGGAGUAAGGCUGGAUUCACACUACGUUUUGU